CGCAUGCGCGGAGGCCACGCCGCCACUGCGAGGGAGUCAGACGGGACGGGAGGAGAAGCCAACGGACAAGCUGACUGCCCGUUGCACCACGCAUGCGCAACGGCGAAUAACGGGGCGGGGCGCGUCAGCUGACUCCGGAGCUCGGCGUUCGGAGGCCGUUAACUGUAGCGGUGGCCUGGCCGGGCGGAAGGCGGAGGGUUUUGGCCCGAGCGAGGCGCUAUGGCGACCACUGUCAGCACCCAGCGGGGCCCGAAGUCUUAUAGGUUGAAUGCAACUUUCAGAACUGAGACUUGACAGAUAUUAGAAGAAAGAAAUUUCUACCCUUGACCACAUUACGCAGGCCAGAAGCACAACUGGGGAUGGUGUACAUUGGUGAGCUUCCUCAAGAUUUCCUGCGCAUUGCUCCAACACAGCAGCAGCAGCAAAUCCAGUUGGAUGCACAAGCAGCCCAACAGUUACAGUAUGGCGGUCCAAUGGGCACAGUGGGCAGACUCAGCAUUACUGUAGUACAGGCAAAGUUGGCAAAGAAUUACGGUAUGACCCGUAUGGAUCCAUACUGUCGGAUACGGCUUGGCUAUGCUGUAUAUGAAACUCCUACAGCUCAUAAUGGAGCCAAGAAUCCCCGUUGGAACAAAGUUAUUCAGUGCACAGUUCCCCCUGGUGUGGACUCUUUCUAUCUUGAAAUAUUUGAUGAGAGAGCCUUUUCAAUGGAUGACCGCAUCGCUUGGACACACAUCACUAUUCCUGAGUCUCUGAAACAAGGGAAGGUGGAGGAUGAGUGGUAUAGCCUGAGUGGAAGGCAGGGUGACGACAAAGAAGGAAUGAUUAACUUGGUUAUGUCAUAUACGUCUGUACCAGCUGCUAUGAUGAUGCAGCCCCAGCCAGUGGUCCUGAUGCCCACAGUGUACCAGCAAGGAGUUGGAUAUGUGCCUAUUGCAGGNAUGCCUGCAGUCUGUCACCCAGGCAUGGUACCAGUGCCAGUACCAUCUCCUGCAGUUAACCCUCAGCACCUGUGUAAUGAAGAAGAUCUGAAAUCUAUCCAGGACAUGUUUCCCAACAUGGACAGGGAAGUAAUCCGUUCAGUGCUAGAAGCCCAGGGAGGGAACAAGGAUACAGCUAUCAACUCAUUGCUUCAGAUUGCUGAAGAGUCAUAGAUGCCUAUCCCCUACAUUGUCCCUGUCUACGAUGCCACCCUUAUUUUGACUUGCCAAGCCAGGGAUUUAGCUAGAGGAAGAAAUUCCUGAGAGAGCAUCCUGUCUGAAAGAUCGUGCCCCUCUCUUCUUGGACACUUUGCACGUUUUUCACUUUUGUUUUCAACUUUCAUUCACUUCAAGUAUGUUCUACAAA